AUCUAAACAUGAUGAGCAUCAUGGAAUGUUGUGCUCGCCUGGUGUUCACAAACACGCGUGCAGUCUCAACGUGACAGGAAGGUGAAAGAAGAAGUCUUCCUGGUGCUGCCUGUCUGCGUGUGCAUUAACACAUGCACAGGCAGACGGGCAGCAUUAUAGGUUCACAGCUCAGACAAGCCACAAGGACCCAACAGAAGGAUUCACAGACUGCAUCACAGAAAGGACUGAUGGAGGGAAACGCCACUUUACCGCUGUUUCCUGGGAAUCAAGGCAACGGCAGCUGUUCCCGCGACAACGUCCUGAAGACCGUGGUCUUUCCUACGCUCUACACCUUUCUCUUCGUGGCCGGGCUGGCUCUCAACGCUGUGGCUGUGUGGGUGUUUUUUCGCAUCCCCUCACGGUCUCACUUCAUCAUAUAUCUGAAGAAUGUUGUGGUUGCGGAUGUGACCAUGACCUUCACGUUCCCCUUCAAGGUGUUAGCGGACUCCAACAUGGCCUCCAUCGGGCUGCGUAUAUUUGUGUGUCGAGUUUCCUCCGUGCUCCUCUACCUCACCAUGUAUAUCAGCAUCCUCUUCUUCGGCCUCAUCAGCAUCGAUCGCUGCAGGAAGACCCUGAGCCCGUUCCGGGGGACAAACGCUGCCCGGCUGACCCGGCGAAAGCUCCUCUCUGGGGUGAUCUGGACCGUCAUGCUCGGGCUCUGUCUACCGAACAUGAUCCUGACCAGCAAAACCCCAACUUCCAGAUACUUCAAGUGCAGCGACCUGAAGACAGAGGCUGGGCUGUUCUGGCACGAGGUGGUUAAUCAUAUCUGUCAAGUCAUCUUCUGGGUCAACCUGGUGACUGUGAUCGUAUGUUACACCUUAAUCACCAGGGAGCUGUACAGAUCCUACUCCCGCACCAAGUCCCAGGAGACCAGAGGGACUACGUGUCAGGCGUCAACUCGGAAGCCCAGUCGGGCCAAAAGAAAAACGAAUGCCAACGUGUUCCUGAUUCUGGCCGUGUUCUUUGUGUGCUUUGUGCCGUUCCACUUCGCCCGUGUGCCGUACACGAUGAGCCAGACCCGAGGGCUCUUUGACUGUAAGCUCAAGCUCUUCUUGUUUCAGCUGAAGGAGAGCACGCUGUUCCUCACGUCCCUCAACUCUCUGCUGGAUCCUGUCAUCUACUUCUUCCUCUGCAAGUCCUUCAGGAACACUCUGUUCAAGAGCCUGCAGCUGCCUGCAGGUACCUGUGGCCGGCUAACGGGCCAAGGGUCCGAGUCAGAACCGGGCAACGUUGAGAUGUGAAACCCUGCCUCAACAUAAAGUACCGGACAAAAAGACUUUUCUGAAUGCUGUCAUGAGUUUAUACUGUUAAUAAACAGGAAGGCUGACUGUCUGUAGGUGGAAGAAGAUGCUACAUCAAAAGUUAGAUUUACAGCAUUAUUAUAUGUCGCCACUUGCAGUAAUUAGUGUAUUUCUAGCGUGAGACAUUUCAAUAAAUAAAUGUUGAUUGUUGUUGUUUUUC